GUAAAUGUUGCAUCGCUCCUCUUUAACUCCGAGUUAUUUUUUGUUAAAAACCUUUAAAACACUUUAUAAAAAUAUAGUUUUCGAUGCUAAUUAGGAACAAAUAUUACAUUUUUUGAAAUUUUGUAUCACUACCUCUUUUAAUCCAAGUUCAUCAAAUUUCUCAAUUCUUUCUUUAAUUCAUCAUCAGGCCGGUUCUGUAGCCGUUAAAUACAAGUCAUACUAACAUGUCCAACUGAGAUAUCAACCAAUUCACCGGACUUACUUGUCUUGACGUGGUCUUAGUGAAAAACUUACUUAGAGGGCUAUUGUUGCACCGUAAAGCAAGAAGAAAAAUGAGCAGUGGUUCUUUAAAGUAACAUCUUUGUUAAAGUCUUUUUCGUUUGUCAACCGAUGUUCGUUUCGUUUGUCAACCAAUGUAUUCAAAGUUGUCCCUUUGUAGUUUGAUUUUAUGCGUAAAAUACGGAAAAGUCACCCAUUAGUUCUCUAAACGAUUUAUUUAAAUCCUACAGUUUGAUAAAAUUUCAUAAUGGACAUUCAUAAUUCAAUUUUAAUAUAUGGGCUGUGCUUUGAGUUACACCUUACAUUACAAAAUACCAAUGUUACAAAAAAAAUAUUUCCAAAUUUAAAAUCGUUUCAAAUAAUUUUGCUUCAGUCAUACUACCCUAAAAAUGUCUUCCAUUCAAAUGGUGCAAACAUAAAAAACAGUGUGCAAAUUCUUGAACAUGCAACAACUUUCCCUGUCCCAUUGAAAGCGAUAGCGCAUUUCGACGAGGAGGAUCGCAUGCUACCCAGUAAUGACACCGUGCGCAAGCGCGUGUACAUAUGCGUUGUCAGGGGCAACCUGCGCCAUGGCGAUCGUUGUUUACGCUAGCCAAACAGACGCAUACGAUUUCCUGCGAAGCAAAAUGACACCUUCAUUCUGUUGCGUAGUACGGACUGUAAUGUGUAAAUUGUGAUUUUUGAUGACAAUUUAGUUACAAAAAUGAAUGUAGUGUAGUGUGUAUUACAGUAAUAACCCGAUAAUCAUGGAUACAGAAAAAACAUCAACCGAAAAGGUUGAGACACCGCUGUACAAGAAGAAAACCUUCGAUUUCACGGAUUAUGCCUAUCGUGAGGCUGUUAACCGCUUGAAGUUCCUGCUGACGGAAGCGUACGAGCCGACAAAGGCACCCACAACCUUCUACUAUCGCAGCGUCGACGAUGGCAAAUCAGAAGUGUCCGACAGUCAGUCCGUCAUUGAGCGGCCGUCCAUAACGGAGGUGUCCAAAUACUUUCCGUCCACCGCUGUAUCACGCUACGGGGGCGGUCCGGUGAGUCGAAGGUACAGCUUUCUCAACAAGGACCUAUCGGUUGGGCAAGUUGGAGCGCUGAAACCAGCACUGUCUAACUCUAGCUUACAUCCAGCUCCAUCGGUACUUGCAGCGCAGAGCCUUGAGGUGGCACAACCACCGCCUGAGCUGUUGGGAUUUAUUGAAAAGCAAGAAAGCUACAUCGAACAGCUGGAACGUGAAUCUCAGUACUGUCGGGAAGAGCUUUCAACUUUGUUGAAGAAAGUGAAGGAAGUCGUAUCGGAGAAUGAAGCGCUCAAUGAUCGAUCCCGUUCAAAGGCUCUGUAUCAGCUCGACUCAUCCGAAAGCGAGGAUGUCGACUAUGCGGAGCGUGGCAAAGGGCACCUUUCCGGGCCAAGCAUUGUGUUUGAGUCACGCAUCAGCGAGCUCGAAGCGCAGCUGGCCCAGUCACAGAUCGAUCUGAAGAAGCUGUUCAACGAGAAUGAGGAGAAUAAGCGCAAACUGUUGCACGGGGCGAGUGAUGUGGGUAAUGCAGACGCCUAUCGGAAGCAGGUGGAAAAUCUACAGCGUGACAAACAAAACCUAGAAGAAACGGUUCGUAAGCUACAGCUGUCGAUCGAUCAGCUAAAGGACUCGGAGGCGUGCAAUUUCAGCAAAUCACAACGAAGUCGUGAUAUGAUUGAGCAGGUUGCCUUCGAACGUAAUCAAGCAGAAAUUGAAAUUCGUCGUUUAAAGGAUGAACUGGAGCGUCAGCAUGAGCGAGUGCGUGAGGUACAGCACGAGAUGGCCAAACGCAUCGCAGACGAGCGGGCCAGUGCCGAACGGCGCUAUACCUACCACGUGGAUCAGCUGGGCGGAGACCUUAGCAGCCAGUGGGAACAUGCCACCAAGUUGCAGCUAGAGGUGGAACGUAUGAAGCGCAUCGAAUCGGACUAUAAGCGUGAGCUUAAUCAAAAGAGCUCACAAAUAGACGAGCUAAAGAUGGAGCUGAAGAACAAGUCGGCCAUCUUUAUGUCCGAUCUAAACCAGGCCAGCGCAGAAAAGCAGUCGCUCGAGCAGGAAAUUACUUCUUUGAGACUUCAAUUGGAGCGUGCCGAACGUCAAUCAAAGGUGGAAGUGUCUCGUUUGAAUGCCGAAAUAACGUCCCUCCGCCAACGGCUCGAUCGUGCCGAUGCUGACCUGUUGCACUCCAAGCGAGAAAAUCUUAAGCUUGCCGAUGAUGUCGCUUCGCUAGAGAAAGAGCUAACGCUUGGCGAGCUUAACCGCGAAACUCGACCCUCCAAGGAGCUGGCAAAAAUCAUAUCCGACAUGGAGGCGAAACACACCAACACCGUUUCCGAACUCGAGGGCAUGAUACAAGAUCAAAAACAGCUCAUGGAAAAACUAACUGCAGAAUGCAAAAGCUUGACGCAUAAGUUAGAGGACACCACACAGAAGCAUAAAGAGGAGAAGCGUGAGCUACGCCAAACGAAUUCCGAACUGAUGGAACGGUUGAAGCAGAUCUGGCACAACUACAAACAGAUCAGUCCCGCAUUUCGGAAGUCUAGUGGGGCGAGCUACGGUGAAGAUCUGCCAGAUGAACCGUUGAACGAUGACGAUGCUUCCGCAUGGAAGCACGAACAGCGGUCAACUCAGGAUCACGGCCCGGUAGCACCGCCGCCCGGUACCCAACCGCCAACGGUAGAACCCUGCCAGCGGACACAUACGAUGAUGCAUCAACCGCCGGCACAGCUGGACGAGCGUACGGAAACAGUGGCGGCAAAUCCUCCCGACCGGAAUCACGCACCUCCGAUCGGCAGUACGGCGCUUCCCAGCCGAAGCAACCGCCCGAACUGUCGCGAAACAAUUCCGUCGCCGACUAUGUCGAUCCUAGGCGCAGCGAGUCCCGGCUGUCGCGCUCCUCCGUCACCAACGAGGACGCGGUGCGAUCCGGAACCGUUUCAAAGGAGCCAGAGUAUGGACGUGCUGUGGAACCGGAGCGGCUGUCCCGAACCAGCGACACCACUAAACCGGACAGCACCGGAGCCGGAGGCGGUGGAGCAUCGGGCAGCAGUGGCCGACUGUCGCGCGAAUCCGUCGCCGACCAGCGAGCCUCGCGCCAAUCCAUGCAAUCGCUGGCCGGAUCGCAACAGUACGGGGCAGCGGAUGGUGCUGACACCGCCCCAUCGCAGCAGUACGCCGCCCAGGGACAGUACGGAGAGUUCGCGUACCCAGCCGGAGGAGAGCAGUAUGCGCCGCUGGACGAUCAAUCUGCAGCCGGAUACGAUGCUGCGCAACAGCAGUACACCGAUCAGCAGCAGUACGAAGGCUAUGCAGAGCAGUACGACCAGCAGCAGGCAUACGAUCAGCAGCAGUACCAGGGCUAUCAGCAGCCAUAUGAUGCACAGCAGUACGCCCCUGAGCAAGUUUAUGAUGAGUCCAGCUACGCCACCGGAACCGGCACCGUACAGCAGCAGCCCGUUGCACCUGCACCUGCAGCCGUCGCACCCGCACCAGCACCUGCCGUCAUUCCAUCACAAUCCCCAACGCAAGUUUCUGCCCCUACAACAGCAGCAGCAUCAGCCCCAUCCGCACCAUCCGUACCGGCACCGGCUAGCGCCACCGGAAGCGGCAAGCAGCAGUCAGGAAAAUCUGCAGUCACAGUGGAACAGAAGGAAGGUAACCGAGCUGUGGGGAAUACGCGUUCCGGUGCAUCCUCACGGGCAGGAGCCAACGGACAGCGAUACAAGCAACCGUCCGGUGCAGGACGAUAAGGCGCCACCACAACCGUACCGCGUCUGCUGUACAACUAACAACGGUCUGCCCCGGCAGCAGCUGCCGAAAACGUGCGGCUUCCAGCCAAUAGAGAGCUAUCCGAAGCUAAUCAGCAUCAGCAGCCCGAGCCUGUUUGGCAGCAGUCCGGACAUCAGCCAAACGCCCUCGCCAACGUCGACCGUGCUGAAGAACUACGAUGCCGCCAGUCCCAAUCCGGUGUGAUCCGGUUGCGCAGAAUAAGGGUUUUAUGGUUCGUGUGGCUUUUGGUUUGGUUUGGGGGGUGUAUGCUGUGGGGUUUGCAAUUGUUUUACCGUAAGUGUAUGUGCUUACCUAUUUUGAAGCCUAUGCCUUAUGUUGGGCGUUUUUGUAGUGAUUGCCAUGUUCUGAAAAAUGAAUAAAAAAUUUCAUCAAA